AUGGACGACCUACCCUCGUCCGACGAAUCUAACGAAUUGCGGUCGUGCAACGGCCAUUACGUUGAAUCGGGUUUGGGAGGCGACCCGAACGAGGGAGACGACGAGAUCAGCGAGGCGUCACUUGACGGUGAAGACACCACCGAAGAAAACGAACGGAACACUAUAUACAAGCACAAGGCGGCAGAGCAGGUCCCCCUGUCAGCAGAAACUCCGACUAUGGAGUCACCCGAGUCACCCAUGGCGGCAACGAUAUUAGAUUCCGGCAUGGUCGGGCCCGUCAUGACCCACCCAAUUGGUCCUGUCGGUCCUACCGGUCCUGUCGACCCGGUUUUGAAUAGUGCAGCGGUCGACCCUGUUGGCGGUCCGGUGGGUCCGGCUGCGUUGAUGGACGAGUUAUUAGACGACCGGUCGGAGAGUUCAGGAUACCAGUCCGCUCCAUCUCUAUCUACACACACACCGCCGUCUUACUCCAUCUUCCCGCGUCGGGUUUCUUCUCGGACCAAGGCCGCGGGAGGUCGAGCGUCCGGGCGGAGUGCUAGGAGAAAGGUUGUUGGAAAGGACGCGGGGGCGCGCAAGGUAUUUGGCGGACCCGACCCGUUGCUUGCACACCAACCGGUGGUUGACGAUGACGUAGUGAGCCAGCAGGGUAGUGCAAGACAGGGCGGCUAUCGCCCCCUCGACUCGUACCGUCAACUGGAUUCGUACCGCCGACUCGACUCGUGCCGGCAACUAGACUCCUACUACAACCGCGAAAAAGCGUCUGACAACCUCAGAACCGAGAACAUCAGGACCCUCGCAAUUGACACCCUCGUAACCCCUGCCGUUGACAACCUCGCCGACGACGGCUGGAUGUCCCCUUCUGAGCGACUGACUCGGCCGGCUGUUAGACGUACUCCUCGCAGCCGCUUGUGGCUCUCUCCGGCCGCCCGAGACCACGUAGCCCAAGACAGCCAGCACGAAAGCGCUUCCUUCACGUGCAGCCACGCCGCCGGGAAGUUCAGCGUCGACUUCUCCGCCUUGGAUCCGCAUCUAGACUUUACUUACGGCCCCACUGAGCUAACCCCACACGAGAGCCAGCCGUUCCAGCAACUCUUCAGCAUACACUAA